AUGCUGUGGCUGCCUGUCGCCUUCCAGUUGGUGCUGGUGCUGUGCAGCCAGGGCACGGAAAGGUGCCCGUCAGCCUUCUGCGAGUGCUCCGACUGGGAUGACUACAAAAUUACUUGCAGGGACAUCCACUUCAUUCCCAGCCUUCCAGAGGACACUCAGACUCUGAGGUUUAUGGAGACUCAUCUAAGAACAAUUCCAAGUGAAGCAUUUUCCAAUCUCCCCAAUAUCUCUAGAAUUUAUAUCUCCAUAGAUGAAACACUUCGGAGUCUGGAGGCCCAUUCCUUCAACAGCUUGAGUAAAGUCACUCACAUUGAAAUUCGAAAUCUUAGAAACUUGGAUUACAUAGAUCCAGAUGCCUUUAAGAACCUUCCACUGUUGAAAUACCUCGGCAUUUUCAAUACUGGACUCAAAGUAUUUCCUGACCUCACUAAAAUUUCUUCAUCUGAUGUGAACUUUUUACUUGAAAUUGCAGACAAUCCCUUCAUGACUUCAGUGCCUGCAAAUGCUUUCCACGGGCUCUGUAAUGAAUCUCUAACUCUCAAACUCUACAAUAAUGGUUUUACCAGCAUCCAAGGCCAUGCUUUUAAUGGGACAAAUCUGGAUGCUAUCUAUCUCCACAAGAACAAAUACCUGAAAGUUAUCAAUGAAGAUGCAUUUCUGGGCGUGCAUAGUGGACCAACUCUACUGGAUGUCUCCAGAACAGUCAUUGUUAAUCUUCCUGUCAAAGGAUUGGAAAGCCUUAAAGAACUAAUGGCCCAAAACACAUGGACAUUAAAGAAAUUACCAGCUGUAAAGAUAUUUCUUCAGCUAAUUCGAGCUGAUCUGUCCUAUCCAAGUCACUGCUGCGCUUUCAAGAACUGGAAAAAGAACAGUGGAAUUCUGGAGUACUUGAUGUGUAACCAGACUGGCAGUCACAGUUUUCAAAAUAGAAGAUUGUUCAGAGCUAUCAGAGAACCAUCUUACAAAGAUUAUACAGAAGAAUACACAGACCGCACUGAUUCUGUUUAUGACAAAGACACCAAGUUCAGGAAUUUCCAUGAAAAUUCCCAAUAUUACAUAUUUUUGGAAGAACACGGGGAAGAAAAUGUUGGGUUUGGCCAAGAGCUCAAAAAUCCUCAAACUGAAGACAUGCAGGCCUUUGACAGUCAUUAUGACUAUCUUGUCUGUGGAGGCAGUGAGGAUGUAAUAUGCACUCCAGAGCCUGACGAGUUUAAUCCCUGUGAGGACAUAAUGGGAUACCAGUUUCUGAGGAUUGUGGUAUGGUUUGUGAACUUGCUGGCCAUUGUAGGUAAUGUUUUUGUCCUUUUUAUCCUUCUAACUAGCCAUUACAAAAUGACCGUACCACGCUUUCUUAUGUGCAAUCUAGCCUUUGCUGAUUUUUGUAUGGGGUUAUACCUUCUCCUGAUUGCUUCAGUGGACCUCUACACCAGAUCAGAGUACUAUAAUCAUGCUAUAGAGUGGCAGACAGGGCCUGGUUGCAACACAGCAGGUUUCUUCACAGUCUUUGCUAGUGAGCUUUCUGUAUACACACUCACUGUGAUCACCCUGGAGCGCUGGUAUGCCAUCACCUUUGCCAUGCGUCCCAAUCGAAAGAUUCGCCUCCGUCAUGCUUUGGUUAUCAUGCUGGGAGGUUGGCUUUCAUGCUUUCUUCUAGCCCUUUUGCCACUGGUUGGAGUCAGCAGCUACAGCAAAGUCAGCAUCUGCUUACCUAUGGACACUGAAACGCCAGUGGCUGAAGCCUAUGUUGUCUUUGUUUUAAUAUGUAACAUUAUUGCUUUUGUCAUCAUUUGUGCCUGCUACAUAAAAAUCUAUAUCACUGUGCGAAACCCUCAGUACAAGUCAGGAGACAAAGACACCAAAAUUGCCAAGAGGAUGGCUGUGUUGAUUUUCACUGAUUUUCUGUGUAUGGCUCCUAUCUCAUUCCAUGCCCUAUCUGCUAUCAUGAACAAACCAUUGAUAACAGUCACUAAUUCCAAGAUUUUGCUGGUACUUUUCUACCCACUCAAUUCUUGUGCCAAUCCAUUUCUAUACGCUAUUUUCACCAAAGCUUUCCGAAGAGAUGUAUUUAUCCUGCUGAGCAAGUUUGGUAUAUGUGAGCAUCGGGCUCAAGUCUACAGAGGUCAGACAAUCUCAGUCAAAAACAGCAGCGGCUCUUACGGGCAGAGAAUCAGCCGAGGGUUAGGUCAGAUUCUUACAAACAUCCAGGACCCAGUCAACGAUUACCUUCCUGCUAUGACAAUGCAAAACCAAAUUCUUGUGGAAGAAUGCAAGCAAACAGAGCUAUGA